AUGGAACGUUUUGUGCAACUAACUGUGGUACUAGCCUUGGCUAUGGUGAUAGCUGCACCAGUCUACGCCCAGGUGACCACGCCAUGCAACGCAUCAAUGAUGAACAGUGUGUUCAACCCGUGUAUGAAUUUCCUCACAAAUAGCAGUGUCAAUGGCUCUUCACCCUCUGCUGAGUGCUGCAACUCCAUCAAGUCCCUCACAAGUGAUGGCAUGGACUGUUUGUGUCUCAUUGUCACCGGCAAUGUUCCCUUUAGCAUACCAAUCAACCGAACCUUGGCCAUCUCUCUUCCUCGUGCUUGCAAUAUGCCUCGCCUUCCACUUCAAUGCAAAACCUCAGGUUCACCACUUCCAUCUCCAGGACCAGGGGCUUUUGGGCCAUCUUUUUCUCCAUCUCUUAGUCCUGAAGCUUCCUCUAUACUUCCCUCACCUUCCUUGGCACCAGUGUCUGACACAAACCCUCCUCCUUUGACUCCAUCAUCUGCAACCACGGGAAGUGGACGCUCUGAUCUUACUCCAUCGUCUGCCGUGUCAUCUAACCGUUUCCUACCUUCAGUUGUAUUAUUUGCAUUAGGAUUUGCUGUUCUCAAACACUACUAG